AUGGCGAUUUCUCUGGAAGCAGCCAACCUGAAGGUCUUCGCGUUCCUAGCUGGGCCUUUGGGACUCCAGGUUGCGAAGCUGGCGCUUCGCUGGGGCAUUGUGUCAGCUGGCCUUAUCUCCAGCGACUUCACGACGGUGCUGCGGACCCUGCCUCGCUCUGGGCACCAGGUGGUGGCGGUAGCGGCCCGUGACCUGAGCCGGGCGAAGGAGUUUGCGAGGAAACACGACAUCCCCAAGGCCUACGGAUCCUAUGAGGAGCUGGCCAAGGACCCGAACGUGGAGGUGGCCUGCAUUGGCACCCAACACCCCCAGCACAAGGCCGCGGUGCUGCUUUGCCUAGCAGCGGGCAAGGCUGUGCCGUGCGAGAAGCCCAUGGGCGUGAACGCCGCGGAAGUGCACGAAAUGGUUCCUGAGGCCAGAUCCGAGGCCUAAUUCCUUAUGGAGGCCAUCUGGACCCACUUCUUUCCUGCUGUAGAGGCUCUGAGGUCUGUUCUGGCCCAGGGAACUCUGGGGGACCUUCGGGUGGUUCGGGCAGAAUUUGGGAAGAAUCUCACCCAUGUACACCAGGCCAUAGACUGGGCCCAGGCUGGAGGUGGCUUGUUAGACAUUGGCAUCUACUGCCUCCAGUUCAUCAUUAUGGUCUUCGGUGGGCCAAAGCCGGAGAGGAUUUAAGCUGUGGGAAGGCGCCAUGAAACAGGUGUGGACGACACUGUCACUGUGCUACUCCAGUACCCAGGAGGGGUCUACGGCAGCUUCACCUGCAGCAUCACUGCCCAGCUCUCCAGUAUGGUCUCUGUGAGCGGUACCAAGGGCAUGGCCCAGAUCCCCGACCCCUGCUGGUGUCCAACAGAGCUGGUGGUGAAGGGGGAGCGUAUGGAGUUCCCAUUGCCCCCAGCCCCAGGCAAGGAGUUCAAUUUUACAAAUGGAAUGGGCAUGAGUUAUGAGGCCAAGCACGUCCAGGAAUGCCUGCAGAAGGAAAGUGAGCUCCUGGCUGACAUGCUUGAGGAGGUGAGGAAGGCCACUGGAAUCACCUUCCCCCAAGACAAACACUGAUGUAUGUCCUGAACAAAUCAAGACAUGCUGGGAAUUCCCUGGCGGUCCAGUGGUUAGGGCUCUGC